AUGUAUGUCUAUCAGAAUAAGGAUCUGCCUCCGGACCCCGACUUUCCUGUGGAUCUCAAGGAGCUGGGAUAUUACAUCAAUGAACAUGACCAAAUCCGCCAGAUUGACCACCCAGAGGAAGGAUACAGAUACAAGAUCAACCGUAACGAUCGCUUCAAUGUCAGGUUCCGCGAGUCAUUGAAUGACUGUAUCCGUGCGAUCAUCCUUGAUCGUCUCAAGGAUGUUUGCUUGACAAGCCUACGUCUUCCCCUUGACAGCACCCUAGAGAAUAGCCAUGUACCAAUUCUCACAACGAAGAAUCUUGAUGAGAAGUCCCGCAUCAUUAUCGUCUUUGGGGAGCCUAUUCAAGAUCUUGGCGUCUGGGCCUAUCGAUCUAUCCAUGACAGCAUUAACCGCGGAUCGGCAGUUGAUUUCACCAAUGCUGUACUGGGUGGUGGCAAGAACAAAAAUGUCGGUCUCCUCAUUGCCAACACUGGACAGUUGAUCUGGCACUGUGCCUCGGAGCGUGCUGUCAGCCAGCAGUCGUGGCUUGCAAGCCCUCGCCCGUAUGGAAAUUGGGGUCAAGCUACGAUGAGCUGGCGGAACAAGAUCCCGAGUAACAAUGACUGGCAACAGCACAUCGAAUACAUCUUUGAGAAGGUCCUGUGGCCGGCUGUGGGGAAGCAGACCCGGAUCGACAUUAUCGGUAUGUCCGAAGGUGGACUGGGAGCCAUCAGAUACCUCCAGAAAAACUGGAAUGUCUGGAAACCUUAUGUCUCUGGCAUCUGUCUCGGCGACCCACAGCAGACAACCCAUACUGACAUCGACAUGGGUGCUCUAACCGAUCCGUCGUCGUUUACUUCGUUCUUUGCCUCACGCUGCCGCGCAUACCUUCUUUCUUCUACACCCUGCGGUAGUCGCAUGGGUGGCUACCGGAUGUACGGGUGCAACUGCUACUCCUCUGGCGAAGGUAUCAACACCGAAUGCAUCAUGCCUGCAUCGUGGAAGGAUAUGCUUGAGUGGCUUGAUGUGCUUUCCACCGAUCCGACCUACUCGGAGCAUGUCAUGCUGCGUGGUGAGGAUAUGGACGAAGAGAUGCGUCGCGGGCUGGAAGAGCAGGCAGAGAAUGAGGGAGACAGUAGACUUGCUGAUAUCGAUGAACAGGUGAAGCCUGCAGAAAUUGAGUGGGAUAGUGGAAGUUCCGAUAUCAAGAAACAGCAGGAACUGGAGACUGUUGUGGAGGAUGAUAGCGGACGUGCUGAUCUCGCCGCGCAAAAGGAACUGCAGGCUUCUGCGAAGAGUGACAAGGCUGAGGAUGUUGAGAAGGAUGACCUAGUCGCUAAGAUCGUCAGCAAGUGCAAGGACCUGAAGGUGACUGAUUCUGCGAUCUAG